AUGAAGGUUGAGGGUUUGGCAGAAGGUAGCGGCAGGGCUGGGGCUGGGGCUGGGGGUACCCUCUGCCCCGGUCCUGCCAGCCAGUGCUGUAUCUCGCGACUGCUAAGCGUGGUGGAGAGCGAGCUGCAAGCGGGGCGCGAGAAGGGGGACCCCACGGAGAAGCAGCUGAAGGUGACGCUCGAGGAAGCGGAACUGUGGCGGAAGUUUAAGGAAGUCACCAAUGAGAUGAUAGUCACCAAGAGCGGCAGGUGAGCUCGAGCUGAUAGUGAGAUAGACGAUAAUUUUAGAAUAGUCAAAAAUACUUUAUUGAUCCUCAACCGCAAGAGGAUAUUCACAGACAAACAUAUAGACAACACCAAAUGCAAGUUUCAAGAGUUUGGUCAUUUGAUCACCCAUUAUAGUUAUCCACCCAUUGCUAAAUUAAUUUAAUGAACACAUGCAGGAUAAUUUAAUCCUAUACAAAAACCAAUAUUUCUCUGUCACACAUAUCACUCUAAAACUUCUAACACGUAUGUUAUAUUAGAGGGGAUUUAAUCAAUUACCCAAUUAAGAGACCAUUCGAUUUCAAUUAAUAAUUCGAUUUUCAAUUACUCACUUCUUCCAAAACGCAUAUUGAUCGAAACUUUUAAUUCAGCCCUUUUUUCAGCUUCAAAUUUGUGUGAAAUGUAUAUAAGCGUAGCUAUUGCCCUAUUCCUAUAUAAUCAUUACGAUUUCAUAACAAUUAGAUCUAAGCGAAAACUAUUAAUUACAUAGGCCUAUCUGUCAUUUCAGACCUAGUGCUAUUGAAUAAUAUUCGUUAUUUAGGAAUAGACAGAACGUUUUUUUCUUCUACUUAUUAGAGCUGGAAAGUGUCAUAGUCUACGGAAGAAAAGGGCAACACAUUCUAACAACCAGAAAUGUUGAGCUUAUGUUAGUUAAGUUUGAGAAAGUUCAGGUCAAAUUUAGUAAACCAGAAAAUAUUGUAAGACAAGGAAGGAGAGACAUAAAAUGUGUUUUGAAAAUGUCAAUGACAUAAUCCUUUAUCAUGAUCCCUUAUAGGCUAUAGCCUAAGGCUUAUACGAAAUGCAGAGUUAUUAAAAUUGAUUCAAUUUAAUUGUAUAGUCUGGUGUCUUUGAUGUUAUGAAUUAACAUUUGAUAUGUUAAUCGUCUAUUUGAUUCGUCUACAAAACAUUAGUUUGGAACAUUCCGACUGCAAACCUCGCCAAGCUGGUUAUUACUGACUAUAUUUAUCGGCACAUUCUUAAAUUAAGAAAACAUGUUAUUUUUUUAAAAAUCUGCGUUCUAUAAUCAGUAAUGCCCAUAGUGUAUAGGACGGUUUAAUAGAUUUUUCUGGUGCAUGGACGCUUUUGUGCCGACCCUCUCAUGCACUGAGGGGCGGCUUGACCGGUUUUAGUGGCAGGUCAGCUCACCUGGUGGGUGUCUGUCCAUUUACACGUUGACCACUUCAGAACAUUUUUUAUUUGGGAAAAACAAAACAUUAUUUUUAAAAAGUAAAAAGAGACAGAAAAAAAGUCAAAAAAGUCUGAAACCGCGAGUUUAGAGUUGGAUUGUGUGUGUGUGUGUGUGCGUGCGGGUGCAUACUGCGUGCCUGUGUGUGUGUGUACGUGUAUUCAUUUGUGCGUUCCUACUGUGUGUGUGUGUGUUCCAGGCGGAUGUUUCCGGUGCUGAAAGUGAGUGUAUCGGGUUUGGACCCCAACGCCAUGUACUCCUUCCUGCUGGACUUCCAGCCAGCUGACAGCCACCGCUGGAAGUACGUUAACGGGGAGUGGGUUACAGCCGGUAAACCGGAGCCUGCCGGUAAUGGUUGUGUGUACAUCCAUCCCGACUCACCGAACUUCGGAGCCCACUGGAUGAAGGCACCAGUCUCCUUCAGCAAGGUCAAACUCACCAACAAGCUCAACGGAGGUGGACAGGUAGAGCAUACACACAGGCACACACACACACACACACACACACACACACACACACACACACACACACACACACACACACACACACACACACACACACACACACACACACACACACACACACACACACACACAGUCAGUCCAUUGUCGCUAACAUUGUUUCUGGGGCUAAGCCAAAACUCAACAGUACAUCCCCAGCUGCACUACAUACAUCACUAACUUCAUGUUGUUGCAUUUUAUUUAUUUCAUAUUUCUUCAGGCAACUUCUAAAGUUCUACUAAAAUAAUAUACAUAAAUAGACAUAGAAAAUAAUGUAUCCCCGACCUUCCUCCUCUAGCAGUAGACUGCUAACCACUCUCCAAUUUUCCUUUCUCCGGUUGUCUUCCUUUUCUGCGGGGGUGAAUUAAGGGCCACCUAGGCUGCGAUUACACAGGCAGCCCAAUUCUGAUCUUUUUUUCCCCAGUAAUUGGUCUUUUGUCCAAUCAGAUCAGCUCUUUUGCCAAUAAUUGGGAAAAAUAUCAGAAUCUGGCUGCCUGUGUAAACGCAGCCCUAUAUCUCCAGUGGAGGGGCCCUUCAGUCAUGGAUCUUUUCAUAAUCCAUGUCUUUCCCCUAAUCUCUGUUUGUUUCCCCGAAAAGCGAAACAUCAAGUGUGCAUUUAUACAAUUAGUGCCCUGCUUAGGGCCCCUCUCCUCGCCCACUUCACCCUGUGGCCCCUGUCUCCACGGGAACCAGAUAAACAGCUCUUAAUUGGCUCUCUGAGGUUUAAUGCACUUCCUGCUGAGAGCUGCCCACUCCAGGAGGCCCUCCAGGGGCCACAUACGCACACACUAACCACUGUGAUCUGCCAAAUUUUUUUAAUGGUAUUUACAUGAACCCAUAACCCAAACAAACACAAACACAGAUACGGACGCACACACGCACGUGCACACACACACACAGAAACACACACACACCUCUGACUGGCAGGUAAUGUGGUGUUGGCAUUGCGUCCGGUAAAGAAGAGCCGAGGCAUAAUUAAAUAAUUGCAGUGGUUAGUUGUACAUUAUGGUAAUUGCCUGUUUUUUUUUUUACUAUGUAAAAUUGAUUUAUCCAUCAGUCCUUCAGAUGUUUUAUAGAGAGAUGGAGGCAAAAACAGCAUAUUUAAAAAGCCCACACACACUCCAACUAGAGUGUACACACACACACACACACACACACACCAAACAAAAACAACACACACACACACAGACGGAGAGAGAGAGAGAGAGAGCCCUGGGCAGCUGGUUGGUGUGAGAGGUGAAGCUAAGCUCCCAAUUAGAAUAAAAAACAGUUUGUUUUGUCCUCUCUCUGAGGGCUGUAAUUGGUUAAUUGGUGGAGUGAGGGAUUGAGAGAGAGAGAGCCAGAGACUAGAUUUUAUGCUAGAAUGGACAGUAAUGAAGUAAUAUUGUAAGGACUGUAGUCUAUUUGUUCUUAGUUUUAGGGUUUGGGGUUCCUGCAAACCUCUCCCUCAAACUGUCAUAAUGUAGGCCUACCCAGUGUUCUGAGUUGUACCCACUCUCUUUCUUUCUCUUUCUCUCCCUCUCCAUUCUCUUCUUUCAUCCCCCCUUCUCGUUCUAUUUCUUCCUCUCCUCUCCUCUCCUCUCCUCCCCCAUCCCCAUCCUUCUCUCUCUCCAGAUCAUGUUGAACUCUCUCCAUAAGUAUGAACCUCAGCUCCACAUCGUGAGAGUGGGCGGAAGCCACCGAAUGGUCACUAACGUCUCUUUCAGCGACACACAGUUCAUCGCUGUCACUGCCUACCAGAACGAAGAGGUGACUGGUCUCUCUCUCUCACACACACACACACACACACACACACACACUGUCAAUAUCAACUGUCAUUGAAUCAGCGUCAUCAUCCAGAGUUCACGAUUAAACUUCUUGAUUAAGCCAGAGCGCCUAAAAUGUGUGUAUGUUACAGUCAGUGACAUUGUUUAUUUCCCUCUGAAGAUCACUGCUCUGAAGAUCAAAUACAACCCCUUCGCUAAGGCUUUCCUGGACGCCAAAGAGAGGUAAGGCCUCAUCUGUACCAGCUAGCGUUAGGGUUUCCCACCAGGAUAUCGCUAUGAUAUUACUACAUGUUAGCAUUAGCUUGUCCCAUUAUGAUAUCACUGUGGGCUAGCAUUAGCUCCUGAAAUGGUAAGUGAUUAGCGGGUCGUUAUUAGCUGUUUAAAGCCUAGUUCACCAUCUCUAUGUGAGGCUUGUUGAAGAGGCAGUGUGAAGUGUGUGAGAGAAACUAGAGCUCCUAACACACAGACACACACACACAUACACAGACACUACCUUAGCUGUUUACACGUAUUUGCUAACACAAUUAGCAUGGUUAGCACAGGUCUCACACUAGUCACUGUAAUGCUGUAUCUCUUGCUUAUUUGAAUCGCACCAGUUCACAGAGUGAACUCAUAUAGCUUAUCAUUGAAUUAUUCUCUUUGCAGGAACCACCCGAACAGUCCAUUGGAGUCCCCAUUUGAUAGCCAUAUGGGAAUUCAACACUGUGAGUGGGCCUUUAGGACUAAUUUGAUUCAAAUUGAAUUAUUUGAAUCUACUAAAUAACAAUAAUACACUUUUAAACCUUGUGUUCCCUCUUCCUAUAGGUGGUUGGUUUCUGUCUAACCCAGACUCGCUGUGUUCAGGUGGGGGUCCUAGCUUCCCCUAUAGCGGGGGUCUGCCUCUCGCCCCCUCUCAUGGGUACAAGCACUACCCCCCCAGGCCAGCCCCCUACCCCUCCUCCUACCUGCCGCACCGCACGCACACUUCUGGUGAGACACACCGCCAUCUCCCCAGCUCUCUCUCUUCCACACCCUUUUAAAAACUUUUGUUGAAAAAUGAAGCUAUCACACCAGCCUGACCUGUUCCCUUGUCCCUCUUGUUCCCCACCCCUUUGUCUCCCGCUCCGCCUCACCCUCAUCUCCAACCCUCCCUCCAGUCUCUCUGUCUGAGGGGCUACAGGUGUUGUCUGGGGGUCCUGAUGGCUGGUCCAGUGUCUCCUCCCCCGGCCCCUCCUCCUCAGCCCUACCCGUGACCACACCCUCCUCACCCCCGUCCACCAAUAGCAGCAGGUACGACACGAAAACAUAGAUAUAGAUUAAGUAAUGGUAUAGCUCUUUAGAAUCUACAGUUUUUGUUUAUAAAGCAAGGUGUGUGUUCUCAGUCAGUACCCGUGUCUGUGGACGGUCGGGCGUACAGACGGGAGUACCGCCUCUUCUCCCUGCGCCCAGCUUCACGGACCAAUCAACAGCGAGAGCCACCCACAGCCACCCAAUCAUGUCCGGCUGGGCGGGCCCGGUUGGCCACCUGUCUCCACCCAUUCCUUCUAA